UCAAAUUAAUUUUUAAUCGAAUCAUUAUAAAGAAUAAUUUAAAAUAUUGGAACGAAAAUGAUCCAGUCUUAAGAGAGAAAUUAUUGACAAAAAACUGAAUUUAAGAAACGUAUGAAAAUAUAAUCGAAAUAGAUUGAAAUGUUUAAUUUGAAUAUAUUAUUUCGUAAUUUUUGUUUUGAUUUGAUACUAGCAAAUUAUUUUCAAAAAUUUUGGCGGUAAAAGUGUAGUGACACCUGGAGCAUGUUUAUUGUAGUUAUACGGAACUCAUUUUGAUCAAUUAUCAACAUUUGAAUUUAAAAAACGAGAACGGAAGAGAAAUAACUGCAUCUAUCAUUAUGGUGGAACUACCAAGACUUGCUUUGGAUAUUGCAGUUCCUCCUAAUGCUCUUGCUCGUCGCGGAGGUGUUACUAUUUCUGAAGAUAUUAUCUUGACAUUUCUUCAAAGAAGAAGUGCGGAGAUAACGGUGGACAAUGGGGAGGAGAAUGUGUUCGUCCGCAUUUCCGAGAGCGCCGCGCUGCCAACAUCCGGCGUGUCGGCCACGUUGGCGGAAGUCCGCGAUGAACCAAGGACGGAACCCGCGUUCAGACGUUUGUCAGAGGUCGACCGUAUCCUUCUCGAGAGUUUGGAUAUCGGCCGCUCGAGACCGAGGCCGACCGGUCGAUUCCUGACAAUGCACAAGAGAAGGCGUAAGAGGCUUACCACGAGAUCCUUAACCGAGGAGCCUGGCAUCCUGGACGAUAUUUUCCAUGGUCUGGUCCAGUGUGUAUUACAAAAGGCCGGAAACUGGCGGUUUAAUGCAUUUACACUGGAAACGGUAACAGGAGGACGUUCGCUGCCAGUAUUGUGCGUCCAUCUUUUUCAUUGGUACGGUCUUCUACAAUACUUCAAUCUGGAUGUGGUUACUGUAUGGAAAUUAUUCGCCUUUAUCGAGGAGGGUUAUCACAGUACAAAUCCUUACCACAACAGUAUACAUGCGACCGACGUGACUCAAGCGAUGCAUUGCUUUCUCCAAGAAGAAAAAAUCAGAACGCACUUAACCAACUUGGAGAUUAUGGCUUCGCUGAUUGCCGCGGUGACGCACGAUCUGGAUCAUCCGGGCGUCAAUCAACCGUUUCUGGUUGCCACGAGCAACCACUUGGCAGCUCUCUAUCAAAACACAUCGGUACUCGAGAAUCAUCACUGGAGGUCGGCGAUAGGUUGCCUUCUUGAGAGUGGAGUUUCCGAUCAGUUACCAGCACAUGUGAGGCCAGAACUUCAACGACAUAUAAGUUCAUUGAUUUUGGCCACAGACAUCACUAGACAGCAAGAAUUUCUCAUUCGAUUCAAACACUAUUUGGAUGAGAAUCUGCUGGAGAUGAAACGUGCGGACGACCGGCAUUUCAUUCUACAAAUAGCCCUGAAAUGCGCUGAUAUAUCGAACCCUUGCAGACCUUGGGACAUUUCGCAGAAAUGGUCGCACAAAGUAUGUGAAGAAUUCUUUCGACAAGGCGAUUACGAACGACGUUUGAACCUUCCAGUGACACCAUUAUGUGAUCGACAUACCACUAGCAUACCAAAGAUACAGGCUGGAUUCUUUAAAUUUGUCGUGACGCCUUUAUACGAGGAAUGGCACCGUUUCCUAGGCGAUGGUCUUAGUGUUUCACUAAUGGAACACCUGCGAGCCAAUCAAAAGAAAUGGGAAGCGUUAAUUCUCCAAGAAACUGCAAAGGAUAUAGAAACGGAAAUCUCGGAAUUGGAAGAGACAGAAUUGGAAGAUGCCAUCAGUACUGCAGAAGAUCCAGCUGAGGAGGAUACAGAAAGUAUUGAUUUAUUGAUACCAGCUGCAUACGUUCAUUCCUCUAAAAUGCAAAGUUUGCCAGCGCGAAUUGGUCUGGAACGCGUUGGAAGACGGCAUUCCGUGCCAUUAAGUAUAACGAAACCUAUGACACUUUUGCCACGAAGUAACGUGAGACGUGAAAGUUUACCGAGUGAACAAAGUAAAUCGAGGAAUCUUGUGUGGAAACUCGACGAACAAAAUCUUUUAGAUCCAAAUUCAUUGUCUUUAUUGUCGUCCAAAACUAGUAUAGAACUUUCUCCGAGCGGAAGUAAUACAGGGGAAAGACCGGUCAGUGCUGAAAGUCUUUUGCCAGAACCUAGUAUAGCUAGUAUCACUAACAGUACUGAAGCGUCAAGAUUAAGUACGGUAUUGCAAUCGGAUGAUCAGAAGUCAAAUACGCAAACAAAACAAUUAACAAGACAACAGACUUUCCCUCCAUUGCAACCGUAUAUUAGAGUAAGAUAUCUAUCCACGACCGCAGAGAUGUCGCAAUGUUAUUCUCAAAUAUUAUUAGAAGCAGAUAGUGCAUCAGCAUCCUCUUCAUGUUCGAUGAAAGAAAAAUCGUGUUCGGAUGGUCAUUGUGAUAUUUCUCCUACAAAGGAAAUAGAGUCUAAUAACAUUAUAAUGUCGAAAGAAAUAGAUUUAAAUAAGAGACGAAGCUCUUUAAUUCCGGAAACGUUUAGACAAAAAACAGAACCAGUUGUUGAAUAUCCACGCCGUCACUCGGUUCAAACGAUUCGUAUCGAAGAUGUCAACUUUAAAAAUCGUUAUAAGCGACCGACAUCUGCUCAAGGAACAGAUUCCACACAAGUUUUUUACACAUCGUUGACCAAUUCACGUACCGAUAAAGAGAGAGGUAGCAUUGAAGAGGAAUCCAAAUUGAGCGAUAUUUCCAUCUCGAAGAUAAAAUUGGAAAGUGAAAGAUCGGUAAACGAACAACGGACUACUAUGGUAACAUUAAAUAAGUCUGAACAGUGUGGUUCGAUAGCGAUUAUUGCAAAAUCGAAGUGCACCAACUCCGAAUUACGAAGAUACUCAACUCCUGUGCCAGAAACUAAGACAAUAAUGACUGAUGCUGGUGGUAGACGAUUUACCGCGAUACCAGUGUCAUCCGAACUUAGCACGCAUAAAGUGUUCUUCAUCGGUAGUCCACCAGACUCACCACCCCUUGUUCAAAGCAUAUCUACGUCAAGUGAAAGUGGUAACGAUUUACGAAAAGGAGAUAUGAAUAACGAAAUUGUUUCUACUUGUAACAAACGAGAUUCAGAUUCUGCAAAAGAAAGGAGUUCGAAAGUAGCCAAAUUAAGUCUGGAUAUGCAAAUGAAGGAGAAUGUUGAUCCACGAGCAGUAGAAGAUACAAAAGGAAUUGCUUUAUCCAGAAAGGGAAGUCAGUCAUGGACUAGACGACGUGGAUCUGCUCCAGUUGGUCUUUUAUCUAGAUUGGAUGAUAUCACAGUACCAUCUAUAACAACUAGAGUUGAUCACACUUCCAGACGCGGUUCCGUACCAAAUGACAUUACUAGACAACAAAAUGGUGGUUUUAAUAGAUUAGCAUUAGGACCUCGAGAGGGUAAUGUUGCAGCACCUCGAAGAGCAAGUCUUCCACAAGAAACUGCUCUUGGAAAUCUUCUUGGCAAUAUUUUGUCUUUAACUAAUGAACGAGAGAAUCUCCCAAUAAAUAAUAACAAUAAUAAUAACAAUACUGGAAGUAGCAACAAUAACGGAAUAACAAGAAUAAUUGAUAGCACUGGCCCUGGCAUGCCGUCGCCGCGGCGAGGUUCUGUGCCGGCAGAUAUAUCUGAAUUACGUCGUGAUAUGUUCAAUAGGAGUAGCAUAAAUGGUAAGCCUCGUAAUCGGAAAAAAAUAUUGAAGAGAAGGAGUUCUGGAGGACCAGAAAUGUUUUCUGGAGGAUCCACAGAUGGAAACGAUAAUGGCACAUGGCUUAAAUGGAAGAAAGAACUAGGAAAAAAGGAUUCAAUUCCUGAACCACUCGUCAAGCGAAGAGGUUCCCUGCCCAUAGAGAUGGUGGCCAUUUCUCAUGCUGGAUCAGGAUCAGGAACACGAAGAUCCAGCUUAUGGAGACUUUAGCAUGCAAUAGAAACAAGUGGACCGUCCGUGUUAUCAGCGGUUGACAUUAGAUCAUCGAAUACUACCGUACUGGCAGUCUUUCCUUACAACGUUAACAGCAACAGCGAUGAUUGACUUCCAUUUCUGGUUUAAACUGGAACAUUGCAAAACUGGAACUCUUCUAACCAACUAUAAUUGUGGGCAAGUGAAUUUUGUAAAAUUAAUCGAGAUUUCUAUAAUAAUAUUUGCAAUAAAAAACAAAGAAAAAUGUUCGCAGCGAUUUAUUCAAUGAUCGCUAGUAAUAAUUUUAUUGCCGCAAAUAUUACAUAUAUUAAUGCCUAUAAUAAACAAAGUAAAAAAUCUAUUCUAACACAAAUGGAUAUACUUAUGUAUAUCUUUGAAUAAUGAAAAGAAUACAAAUUCAAGAUUGGCGAAUUGUAAUAUAAAAUUUUGCGACAGGGUUAAAUAAUUGCGAAAGAAGAAUGAAAAAAUUAUUCUUCUUCGUCAUAUGUUUGUGUGGAAUUAGUAAAACAAAGUAUUUACACAUAUUAGUUAUGUGAGUUCUAUAUCCAUUUGUGCCAUACACAAAUGUUGUUGAAAACGAGAUACAGUCAAACACAGGGUUCAAUAUGACGAUUUUAAUAAUUAAAAUGCCUAGGUUCGGAGAAGGAAAAAAGACUGGUAGACUCACCGCUAUAAAAUUAGACACUUUAAAAGUGGCACAUAUAUUGAUUGAAAUGUAAUGAAAUUUGCUCAUAGUUAAGAAAAUUAACAUUUUUGAAAAUAAUUGGAAUAAAAUGACAUUUAUUUUUAU